ACCACAAUGAGCUAGUUGAUAUUCGGGAGCAAACCGGCUAAAUGUAAACCAGGCUCAGCGUAAAGUGGCCGCGCUAACAUAGGAUAGCCAAAUAACGAAGUACAAGUAUUGUUUUUUCUGAGGACGAGCUUGGUGGAACCCUACUAGAAGCAGGAGCUUCUGAAGUACAGAAGAAUGUUUGGAAGACCUCAGGGCUCCGCAUCCAGCUCCACCCGGCCGCCGCCGCGAGCAGUACCGAAGAUUUGUGUUGCGCUUUUAACAUGCACAUGCGAUAUGAAACAGCACUUGAAACCUCAGGUCUGCAAGUUAUGUUGUACUUGAACUUCUUUUGGUUUCAAUAUCAGGCCUCCGCCGGCGGCACCGGUCUAGUGCACCGCGACGAGGAGAGCAUCGAGCGGAAACUCCAAGAGGGUCUGCAGCGUCUGGAAGACGCCCGGUCACUGGUUUCCGCAGCGGCUGCGCGCGGGGGUGCGACAACCCCCGGCGCGGCGAGUGCCCGCUCGCAGUCUACUUUCCACCCAACAAUUUCACAGCACAACAAGUCCGCGUCGCACAACUUUAAUAUCUCCGCAAGUCCGGCCUCCUCCGUCGGAACAACACAGCAGCACCCGCACAUCAUUUCUAGCAACGGACCAACUACUUCUAGAUUUGGCGGCGUCGCAGGCGGAUCGAGUUCGUCCAGUGUACGUGCCACCCCGGUGAGACCCUACAUAUGCAUUGCAAAAAUAUCGUACAUACUUGUAUAAAUGCAUUACAAAUUGCCUCAGCAUGAGAAAGAAAGUUUGUAAUGCUGAUGUACCAUAAGAAAAGGACUUGUAAUGCAUGAUUGCAAUACGAGUACGAUGCUUUUGCAGUGGAUACUACAACCAGCAGAUCGACUUGUUGAACUCUUCUACCGCGUCGCACAGUUUGUUGCACAACGGGAUGAAUAAUGGUGGGGGAGGUGCACCUCCACUCGGUGGAAGUGGAACGUCCAUGACUUCGGGCUCGCACAGCACAACUAGCAUUGUCUCCGCGAACCACGCUGCCUGGAGAGCGAACGGGUACGACCCGCAGGCUUCGCGGAUGGCGCUGCAAAACCUCGCGCCAGAAUUCAACAUCAGCACGACUUUUGAUACGUCGAUUAACCACUCGGUGAACGCAUCCGCUGCGGUAAACCGACCACCGUUCUUCGCCACACUGAGCAGUGACCCAGAUGUCGUUGCGGGAAAGUCUUUGUUGGAGCGAACGAAGGUAUAGAAAAUUUGCAACAUCAUGAUCGUAAAUCUAAAUCUAGAUAAAUUUUACAAUUUUGGAAGCUGCACGCAAAAACAGGAGCGAGAUGCAUCUGUGUGUGCGUCACGCAUGAAGGCAUGGUUCACUUAGAAUGAUGGUAUAAUUCGGGGGAACGAAGCUGCUUGGCUCAGCUACAAGAAUAGUAGAAAAUGCGAAAGCAUCUGGAUCACUCACCCCUGCAGCCCGAGUUCCUCCGCAACCAGGAGGGCCGGAUCAAGCAGAUGGAGUACGAAAUCAAAGUCCGCCGGCUCGAGGACGAGGUCGAGGGGCUUUCAAAACAUUCGAACGACUACCAGGCAAAACUCGAAAAGACGCAGGAGCAGCUGCACAACACCCGCCACGAGGCGCAGGUCCUGCAGCGGGAGAACGAAAUCAUGCUGGAAAAAACGGAGCAGUUGGAGGAGGAAUUGAACCGGGUGCAGGCGUAUGCAUCGCAAAACUAUCAGCACUAGCGAAAAUAGCACUACAAAUUUUUUGUGGAACAGAAAUGCAGUUUGUCAUGGAGAUUUCGCUGAAAAACCAAGUCUGUCAUGCAUGGUUGCUGCAAUUACAAUUAGUACGAGUGCGAUACCUUUGCAAUGUAUUAGGCGUUUGCCGACGGGUAUUCUUCGGAGAAGAAGGAUUUUGAGGAAAAUGUGAAGAACUUGGAGAACCAAGUUACAGUCCUGACCGCAUCCGAGGAGACGCUUACCAAAGAGCUUACCGCGAUAAAAGCCCACGCGACGGAGCUCGAACAAGAGUGCACCGGGCAGUCAGCGGAAGUGGUGCAGCUGAGGCAGAAAUUGGAGGAGACACAGGUAAAAUAUCAUGACGAGUUGCUGCAGCACUGAAUGUCUAUGCCUUGCAAGGAUCUCGUAUUCCCGCAGCUGCAGCUACGGAUAAGAAUGCGUUUGUCUGAUUUUUAAGGCGCAGUCCUAUGCUAUUUACCACUUAAAACUGGAGGAAAAAAUCCUCAACCCCAAUCCUUCGUCCCAUCCACCAGGCCGCCCUCUGUGCCGCAACCAACCGCUGUGAGUCCUACCACGCGGAGUCUAGUAGUCUCCGGUCGGAUCUCGACGCCCAGAAGGCGCUGCAGGUCCAGCUAGAGUACCAGCUGCAACUAGAGCGGAACAAGAGCGACAAGGCCAGACAGGACAAAAAGCGUUCCGCGGAUACCGUUAGCGAGUUGCGGUCCGAGUUAUCCGAACUGGAGCAGCAGGCGCACAUUUUGGAAGCGCAGUUGGAGCAUUCGCACACCCGAAACGCGGACCUCUGCAAGGAGCUGACGGUCAGCGGAAGCACAGGGGUGAAGGUGAAGUCUAGAGCGGCAAAGUGGGCAAAAGAGGUACUACGUGAUUCCUCGCGAUAUUUGAUUGCAUAGCAAAUAGCGAGCAUCUCAUUGGUUUGUGGAAGCCUCAGCCUAUCGGUGUAAAGCUAGGGACGAAAAUCUAGGCCAACAUCUUGCCCUGCUAACGAAUCUUAAUUUACAUUCCUGUCACUAUCAGGUCGAGGCUUUGCACAAGUGGAAGGGCAAAGCGCUGAUUACGAUCCACGCACUGCAAUCCGAGGUGAAGCAGAUCCAAGGCAAAUACCAAAAAUAUUUGCAGUACGCACACAAACUCCACCAGGAAAAGGAUUGCUCCUCAACCAGGGACGUUUCCGCGUCCUCUGCAUCUGUCGGUGCUACAACCGCACAACAGCAAGCGUGUACAACUGGUGAAUUUUUGAUGUUGUUUUGAACUUGAGGAUGAAGUAAACAAAGCGUCUGUCAUUAUUGCCGAUCAAACCAUGGUGCAUGACGUUAUUCUGCACGGCAUGCUUCAAGACAUCAAGGCGAAAAUUCUGAUUGUUCCAAAAACAGCCGCCGUGUAUCCCCCAGCGGGGGGUGCCGCGAAUGUUACGAGCAAGAGCGUCUUGUUACCGAACUUCUCAAAUCCUUUGUUGGCCGCGAGUCUGAAGGAAAGUCGGGAAUUACUGGCAGCAGCGGCCGCUGCAGAAAUGAACCAGGCCAGUAGUGACGAGGACGACGUCAGUUUUCAGGACCUGCGGCCGGCCUCGCUGCGCGCGUGAGUGGCGGAUUUCGGCUCUUAGAACAGAGUUGGAUUCGCUUCUUCUGGAGAAACGAAAGCUAUUGACAUUGUUGCACCACACAGAACUACUGUGUGAAUGCCACAGACAUGAUGAUGGUUUCUAUUCAGCUCGACAAUUUUUGUCCUUUUGUUCCCUCAGGACAAGGUCAAGGACUAAGGAUUCAUUAAUUGGAAAGCGCAGUGCCAGUGGAACAGAAAAACGCAACCGCAAAAAGCUGUUUAGUUAAGUACAUUCAUUGUUGUGUUGCUGUUGCAGAAACAAACUUCCGAAUGAUUUUCAAGUUGUGUUGAUAGAGACAAACGUCCCGG